AUCCACGGGCUCUUCUCUUGGUGUCGUGAUCGCGCUCACGUCACUUCUGACGUGACCGGCUCGCCUCCAUCAGUCCUCCACCGUAACUGCACGGAGCUCCAUCAUCAUCAUCAUCAUCGUCAGGACAGCAUCACGUGAUCCCGCCGCUACUUCAGCCGAGUAUGGAGACCUUCGGAGGGCACUGAGCAUCAGGAACCAUGCCCACUGUCCUGGCCAGUGGCAGGGGGAAACUUGCCUUUGGAUCUUUUCUGCACCGAUGUCCGUUUUCCUCUCAGGACAUGACUCAGUCCUGCAGGUCAUCCCAACAAACCUUAGGAGGGGACCAGGCUCAGCGACUCCUCUUCAACCCUACGGAUGGGAAACACCCGACAACCCAACAGAGGCAAGGUCAGGGGGAUGCUCUGUCGCGGAUGACCCGUCACCCCCGCGUGGCUCCCCACAAGUCGAUGCUUGUCGAUGACCUAAAACUGAGCAGUGAUGAGGACGACACCCAAAGGGGAAGACACGAAUCAGCUUCCUGGGAUGGACACAGUCUAUGUGUUGACCGACAUGGCAGGAGGGUGAGACAUUCCAGCUCUGGCUCCUCGCGAUCCGACUCCACCGUGAAGUCAGGCAGCGACAGCCUCCAUUCCCGCAGCUCAAGCCCAGCUGCCGCUUCACCCUCCGAGAGCAACAAGGAGACUGAUCCCCCACCUGUCGCCCAGUGGCAAUUGGAGAAGUGGUUGAAGAAAUCCCAGGAAAAAGCUGCAAGAAGUGAACAAUAUCCCACCAGGAGUAUUCCUGGACCCCCACCCUCACCACCUGGCCUUCGAGCCCCGUCUCCGGCAAGAUGCUGGGACAGCAAUCAGGAAUACAGCCCUAGCCAAAGCCCAAUUCCCAGCCCGCAGUUGAGCUACAGACACAGUAGCCCUCUAUCAAGCCCUGGUUACAGCUUCUGUCCCAGCCCGCUUCCCAGCACCUGUCCGAGUCCAAGCAAUACCACCAGUUACAGUCCCAUCCCGAGUCCGGCUUACAGUUCGUGCGAGAUUCCAAGAGCACAAUAUAGCCCUAUCCAGAGAGACCCCCCAGAAAGUCAUUUACGGGGAUGCCAUUAUACUGAGGUUCAAAGCCUUGCGACUAACCCAUAUCAGACAAAAAGUAGGCCAUGGACUGGUCCAUUGUCUAAUACCGCCACCAAAAGUAAGCACGCAAAUAGCACAGAACUUCACCCUCACCAGCAAAGGCCCAAGUCGAGGCCUACAGAAGACCACAGACAAAACAAAUCCAAAGCAGUUUUAAACUCUAGCGACAGUUGUGGGCGCAAAUGGAGACCUCAGAACAAUUUGCAUCCAGGCGCUAAGAGGCCAGCCAAACACACAUCAUCACAUGGUGAGCAGAUCCAGGGCGGCAGGCCCGGCCAUAGUUCCAACCACAGGACUUCAAGACUUCCAGUCCAGCACAAAACAAAACAUCAUCUUCCAACUGGCUGUGAAACCCACCCCGGUCAAGGUUCUUGUUCCCAGUCGAGCUCCAAAUCUGCCAGUAAUUAUCACCCGAGGUCCAGUACCGACCUGCGACCGAGAGCCAAGUCUUGGGAGGCCAAAGCCCCGAGUGCUGUGCAUGUUGAUCCUUCCAAAACAUCGCAGUCCAAGAAACGUGAAGUGGUACAACGAGAAGUUCCUCUGGCUGAAACUGAGGCGGGGAGACACAGACGGAAAGACGAUACGCGGCACAGGGAGUCACAAGCCGGCAAAGACAAGAGGCUGGCGCAGGAGCAGCUGCUGAGACGCUGCUGGAUCGAGAGUUCCGCAGAAUACGAGGAGGAAAAAGAGGGAGCAGGAGCCAUCGAGAGGCGAGGGAGGAGAACAAAGGAGAAACUACAAACACGCUCCAAAGAGAGACACCCACCAAGAACAACCGAACACCAGCGAGACCCUUCGCCUUCUUCUUCACCUACACCUCAAGCACGAUCUCCACCAUCCUCUACCUCUUCACAUUCGGAUUUGGAAUGCCAGACUCAAAUUGCCAAGGUCCCGGCAGACUCUACUUCACUCCGCAAGAGAGGCCAGCACGGCUCCGGUAGACCUGAUGCUUGCAAGUCCCAAGGAGCAGAUCAGGGGCAGCAGAGCGAGGCCAGGCAUCAACUCUACACUUUGGUCCCGUUUGGAAGAAGCGACCAGGCCACCGGACCUUCUCAACGUGGACUGAGGAACCUGGUGGUGCACAUAGACCUCUGUCUCCUCAGGAGGGUCCCGGACACUGCUCUUAAUCCCCUCGCCAAGGCCCCUUCUACUACUUCUUCAAAGGAAAGGCAGAGAGAGGCCAUGAAGCAUGUUUAUAUGCCAGAUGCUGUCUCCAAAGACAGCAAGCGGAAACGUAAGUUGGAAAAUGGUGUGCCCCACGAAGAAAGUAAGAGGAACCCGCCACAAACGAAAGACGUCACUGGACGCACACAAUCGACAUUUCAUCCAGCUGAGCAUGGACUUUUAACUGAAACCACACAUAAUGGAUAUUUAGAGGAAUACUUGGACGGUAAGAGGCCACUGUCUCCCUUGUCGCCGCUUUCUGACAGCCCAGAGUCCAGCGGCCCUUUAUCCAAAACCAAAAAUGGAGAUGUGCAUCAUGUGGCUCACACUCACAAGAACAGAGAGAAAAUCCAAAAUUCAGCACCAAAACCCAAGAUGGAGGUGGAAUGUGUAAAAGUGUCCAAGCAUCCUUCAUCGGAGUCCUGGGGCCCUGCAGGACACAUGACUGCUGUCCCUAACACAGAGACGCCUCACCAUGCAGAGUACUACUUACAUGAAGCCAAAAGGAUAAAGCACCGUGCCGAUGCAAUGGUGGAUAAGCUGGGGAAGGCUGUGAACUACGUCGACGCCGCUCUCUCAUUUAUGGAAUGCGGUAAAGCAAUGGAGGAAGGCCCACUGGAGGCUAAAUCCCCUUACACCAUGUACGCAGAGACGGUGGAGCUUAUAAGGUACGCCAUGAGGCUAAAGAGCCACGCCCGCCCUGGAGCACGACAAGAAGACAAACAGUUGGCAGUUCUCUGCUUUCGAUGUCUCGCCCUUCUUUAUUGGCAGAUGUUUCGUUUAAAAAAGGACCAUGCACUGAAAUACUCCAAAGUACUACUCGACUAUUUCAAGACUUCACCCAAGGCGACUUCAAUACCAUCCUGCUGGAACGACACUGGCAAUGCGUUUUCUAUCUUUCUGCUUAAACAGGGAUGUGGAAGGUUCUCCAUCUUCACACUUGCCCAAUGCCAAAAACAUCAAGAAGGCUUCACAAGUGGACAACCCCUCCUUAUCGCUCAUAAGCAUUCCUCAACGUAUCCACCAGAUGGCAGCAAACCACCUAAACAUCACCAACAGUGUCCUGUACAGCUAUGAGUACUGGGAGGUUGCAGACAACCUUGCAAAGGAGAGUAAAGAGUUCUUCAACUACUUGAAUACGUUGUCGGGGCCACUGACGCUUCACAGUAGCAUCGCUCACGCAGUCCAGUACACCAGGCAAGCUCUUCAGUGGAUACGCAUCAGUGCCAAACUUAACUAAUAAGGAGAACUUCCCACGAGAUCUGUGCUUUGUGGACUACACGUGGCAUCAAUGGAUUUGUCAUCUGGGUCUUCCAAAGUGCCAACCUGUGGAAAUGCGCCAUUUUUGGACUCAAUUUGCCUCUUUUUGGAUGAACUUAAAGACAUGUGCAUACUAAUGUGAAGCCCCGACUCAUUUGCCAAAUGUCCGAUUGUGACAAAAACGGGACUUGAUCACUGUAAUGUCUGCUUAUUGCUAUUUAAAGCCCUUUCAUACUUGAAACGGUAUGAAUGGUAUAGGUCAAAUACGGGGGGAAUAUCAUUCACCACCGCUUGUUUCUAAAUUAAAAGAUUUUAAUGUCUUUUUUUAGGUAUCUAAUAUUUUCAAUAAUAUUGGUUUUACUGUGCAAUAAUGUAUUGUUUUAGUAAAACACAGGAAAUGCAAUGACAACACAAUAUCGUGGCUCUCUUAUUGCUAAUAUUUGAAGUUGCUACUUAAAAGGUUAAAAAGAUCCUAACUGUUCACAGUUGCUGAUAUUGUUUUAAAAUAUAAUCCACAACUUGUGGGUAUUUAGUUUGUUAUUUUUUACAAAAAUGCUUAUUGGUUGUAGUUUUUAUUUUCUAAAUGGUAUUUAUUUUCAUUAAAAAUGUUAUUUUUCCCUUGAUUCCAAUAGCAAUAAUCAGGGAUAGAUAAAAUACAAGCCAUUAUUGUCCAUCCAUCCAUUUUCUACUGCUUGUCCUUUUAGUUUUAUUUUAUUGUAUUUAUUUUCAAUGGCAGUGAUGCGUUAUCUGUGAUAAAAACAAAUCCAAAUCUACAAACAAAGUUGCAAAUCUAGCUGAGACUGGCUCAUUCUCUAUUGCAGUGGUUCUUAACCUUGUUAGAGGUACCGAACCCCAUUAGUUUCAUACGCGCAUUCACCGAACCCUUCUUAGUGAAAAAUAAAAUGUUUUUUGUUUUUUUAAUUCAAGACAAAGUUAUGUGUUUUUGGUAACACUUUAGUAUGGAGAACAUAUUCUAAGUAACAAAGACUUAAUUUAGAGGUUUUUGGACACUAGGGGAACAUAUUCUAAGUAACAAAGACUUAAUUUGGAGUUAUUUGGUUAGGGUUAGGAUUAGAGGGUUGGGGUUAUAAUUAGGCCAUGCCGAAUAAGGCAUUAAUAAGUACUUAAUAAUGACUAGUUAUGUUACUAGUUUGCAUGUUAAUAUGUUACUAGUUUGCAUGUUAAUAAGCAACAAAUUAAUGGUUAAUAUGUCCCCCAUACUAAAGUGUUACCAUGUUUUUCUACUGGUGCACAAAAUGAACCGUGCAUGAACAUCACCUUGUUCAAAAUAUAAAACCGACACUAAACUCACACUAGACUGCAUAAACUCACAACAAAAUACA